AUGCCGAAUAUUCGAUGGGGCACCACGAUUGUAGGAGUGACCCUGGCAGCGCUGCUGGUGCUCCAGCUGCUCGCUGUGGUCCAAAACAAUGCUCAGCCGCAGUCACCGGCUUUCCGCAAGCACUACAACUCUUGGAACAACAGAGCCAACAAUGCUGCAACAAACGAUGAUAUUUUCAAGGUCGGAGCCGGCAAGGCGGAUAUCACGGGACCGGUGGUCGAGGUCGAUUUCAAUGGGUAUGCCAGCCUGGACCAGCUGGGCACGGGUGUGCGGCAGCGACUCUAUUCUCGCUCCUUCAUCUUUGCCAGCCCCAAUAAUCCCGACGACACCUUUGUGUAUCUGAUUCUGGAUACCCAGUCGGGUGACACUGCUGUUAGACACGGAGUCCUGCAGGGGCUUGCUGCGCUGGGCGGCGACUACGCGAAAUAUGGUGAACAUAAUGUCGCCCUGGUCGGAACCCAUUCGCAUUCCGGGCCCGGCGCGUGGAUGAAUUAUCUGCUGCCUCAAAUCCCCACCAAGGGGUUCGAUAAGCAGAGCUACCAGGCUAUCGUUGACGGCACGAUUCUGUCCAUCCAACGUGCUCAUGAGAGCAUAACCACAGGACGUCUUUCCUUCGGCAAUAUUACCCUGAACGAUGCCAACAUCAACCGCAGCCCAUAUGCCUACGAGCAAAAUCCAGAGGAAGAGAAAGCGAAGUAUGUGGGACAAGUCGAAAAGACGCUUUCGCUCCUGCGCUUUGAUCGAGAGUCUGAUAAUAAAACUGCGGCCGUCUUGACUUGGUUCCCCGUGCACGGUACCUCCAUGUACAACAACAACACCCUAGUCACGGGCGACAAUAAGGGCGUCGCCGCCUACCUCUUUGAGCGCAGCAUCGUGGGCGACGAUCGAUUUACUGAUGAUGCUGUUAUCGGCUUUUCCCAGGCCAAUGUCGGCGACACUAGCCCCAAUAUCCUGGGGGCUUGGUGCGAGGAUGGCUCAGGACAACAGUGCAGCUACAAAGACAGCACCUGUGGCGGCAGUAACGAAGCGUGCCACGGCCGAGGACCGUUUUUCCGUGUCAAGGACAACGGGGCUAAGAGUUGCUUCGAAAUUGGGAAGCGCCAGUUCGCGGCUGCGAAGCAGCUCUACGACGAUCAAGUCAACACACCGAUUACUGGAAGCUCGUUUGUCAAGUCCUUCCAUGUCUAUGAGAACAUGAACGGCUUCGAGUUUACGUCUCCUUUCAACGGUAGUGCCAUGAAGACUUGCUAUGCGGCGCUUGGAUAUUCAUUUGCUGCCGGAACCACAGAUGGACCAGGUGCCUUUGAUUUCACCCAAAAUGCCACCGGACCGUCCACCGAUAACCCCUUGUGGAAGAUUGCACGAGGCUUUAUCCACGAACCCAGCGCCGAACAGAGAGCUUGUCAGGCACCUAAGGAUAUCUUGUUGGAUGUGGGUACCCUGACUCUGCCCUACGCAUGGGCUCCCGACGUUGUUGAUUUCCAGGUGCUCCGACUGGGGCAGAUGUUUGUCGUCAUUUCCAGCAGUGAAGCCACCACGAUGUCUGGGCGCCGGUGGAAAGCCGCCAUCAUUAAUGGAGCCCAAAAUAUGCUCGGUGUUUCAGAGCCUCAAGUGGUGCUCGGAGCACCGGCGAACAGUUACUCUCACUACCUCACGACCGAGGAGGAGUAUAGCGUACAGCGAUACGAAGGAGCAUCCACUCUGUACGGGCCAAAUGAACUUGCGGCGUAUGUGAAUCUGACUCUCACCUACCUGCCAUACUUGGGGAGCGAUGCAGAUGUGGCCAAGCUGCCGGCCAUCCCCGCGGGCCCCAGCCCGCCCAUCAACACGAACAACUCGCUCUCUUUCAUUACAGGGGUUGUGUACGACGGCGCACCAAUCGGCAAGUCCUUUGGUGAUGUGCUCACCUCCCCGAGUAACAAGACGUUCCGACCAGGGGACGUGGUCAAUACGACCUUUGUCGGCGCCAACCCCCGAAACAACCUGCGUCUGGAAGGGACGUACGCGGCGGUGGAACAGCAGACCGGGUCGGAGUGGACACAGGUGCGCAAUGACCGUGACUGGAACUUGGUGUUCAACUGGUUGCGAACCGAUACCGUUCUGGGCUACAGCACGGUGACGGUCGAGUGGGAAAUCGAAGACUCUUUCUACAGUGUCGGCAACCCGACCGCGCUGUCGAGCGGGACGUACCGGAUGCACUACUAUGGGGACUCGAAGGGCGUGACGGGCACUAUCACAGCGUUUGAGGGGAUUGGCCCGUCUUUCAUUGUGAGCGCGUCGUAG